UUUAAUUGAAAUAACUCAGUUAUGGGAACUAAAUACUUACUGUCAAUCCUCCUUCUGUGAGCGGUUUGUCAUGUUGCUCAAGCCAGCAGUGGAUUUGUGACUGUCAAUGGAAGGAAUUUCUACCUUGACGGCAAAAAGUACUUCUAUAUCGGUACAAACUAUUGGCACGGAAUGAACCUUGGAGCUCCAUCUUCAGGAAAUCAAACUAGACUCACUGAAGAGCUUGACCAAUUACAGGAAUAUGGGAUUAAAAAUCUCAGAAUCAUGGGGAGUACCCAAGGACCAGACAAUAAAAGUAAGAGAAUAGUCCCAUCUCUCGAAUAUGAACAAGGAAAAUACAAUGAAGAUAUCUUCGAAGGUCUAGAUACUUUCCUCUACGAGAUGGGAAUAAGAGACAUGAAAGCUGUUGUUACUCUCAAUAAUUUUUGGGAAUGGUCUGGUGGGUUCCCACAAUAUUUUGAAUGGUACAAAGGACACUACAAUUUAUAUCCAACUGGAUUUUACAAGGAUUCUACAUUGACGAGCAAGCUAGAUGAUUUCAUCAGAGUAAUUAUCAACAGAGAAAAUACAGCUUAUAAGAAGUAUGAAGGCAAAACAGUGCUGUAUAAAGAUGAUCCUACGAUCAUGGCUUGGCAGUUAGCAAACGAACCUAGAGCAGGAGAUUGUACUGAUUGGGUAAAAUGGAUCAACCAUACUAGCACACUGAUUAAAGAACUUGCUCCAAAGCAACUAGUAUCUAUUGGAAAUGAAGGCACAAUCACUGGCUGCAGUGAGAGAGGAAAUCAUGUUGAAAACAUAGACUACAUCACUUUUCAUGCUUGGGCUCAGAACUGGGGAUGGUACUCACCUCAUUCUAGAAAUGGCCUCAAUAACGGAAUCUCAAGAGCUCAGGGAUACAUUACUUCUAAUGUGAAUUUGAAUAAAAAUAGGAACAAACCUAUGGUUCUUGAAGAGUUUGGAUUAGCCAGAAAUGGAAAUUCUUAUGAUCCGGCAUCUGAAUGCGAUAUCAGAAAUGAUUAUUAUGACGGAGUGUUUUCCAAGGUAUACGAUUUCGCCACAGAUGAAUCUCUCAUGAGCGGAGCUAACUUCUGGGCAUACGGAGGUACAGGGAGACCCAGAAGCAAUGGUGGAUGGUGGAAAGAAGGUGAUGAUCUCAUUGGAGACCCCCCACAUGAAAGACAAGGAUGGUAUACAGUUUAUAACACAGAUCAAUCAACUCUUGAUCUCUUAAAGAAAUGGACUACUAAAUUUGAUGAGUUAUGCCAAUAA